AUGGUUGACGGGCGCGAUACCCCUUGGGGCAACGCCUCUAGGUGCGACAUCCCUGGGCACGACGCCCCUGGGCGUAACGCCCUCAAGCACAAUACCACAUCAAGGCAAGAUACAUCUCCGUUGCAUUGGAAGUGGCAAAAUGAACCUUUCACCAAGAUUGGACAGAAGUGGAAUUGCAUAAGUAUGGGGCAACCUGGGCGUGAUGCCCCUUGGAGCAACGCUUUCAAGCACAACGUCGCAACAAGGAGAAAUAUAUCCCUAUCACAUUGGAAGUGGCAAAAUGAACCUUUCACCAAGGUUGGACAGAAGUGGAAUCGCAUAAGUAUGGGGCAACUUGGGCGCGAUGCCUUCUUGGCAUGA